CUUUCCUUCCACCUCCCUUCCCUUUUCUGCGACACAAUGGAAGGAAAAGACUCGAAACAACGUACGUACUGCAUACUAUUUAAUCUCUGUCAGCUCAAACAUCUUUCUCAAAGCUCGAGAAGACCUGGUAAAAACAAUCUGUCAACACACGCACAUAUACUCUGUCUUGUUCUUCUAUUUCUCCUUCUCUGGUCUCUCUCGUUUUUUUUUUAAUGGUUUGCUUUCAUGACCCUAAUUAUUUUAUUCUUUUUUUACGCAAUAUUAUUCAAUCAAUGGACGUGGAAUCCUAGAAUCUGUCCUCUAUAUGGAUAAUGCUAUCCAGAUUGCAGGAUUCAGGGCAUUUGUGAGGGAGGCUCUGAUAGUUUUUUUGGGUUGACUCGUGUGUGAAUACGAAUGUCUGUUUUGGAGCACACAAUUAAUGAUUGCCAGUUACAGAAUUAUGUGUUUGCAUACAUUAGAGUAAGAGAGAGUUGUGGAAUCAAAUGCCAAACUCUUCUGAUCGGUGAAGGUUUUAAUUUGAUUGUGUUCCCUUCAAAAUCACUUGGCCUUUUAGAGAACAAAGAAGUGGGAUCUUAUUAUAUGAUAGAGAACUGAAUAUGGGAAAUAAUAAUUGUAUUGGGUCAAGGGUUUCCAGGGAUGGUAUCUUUCAAACAAUCUCUUCUUCUGUUUGGUGGGCUCGAUCGAAGGAUUGCUUGAUCACUUAUAAUAAGAAAGAAAAUGUUGAUGGGUUGUCCUUGAAUAGAGUGCAAGAACCUCCUUUCCAUGCUCAAAACAAGCCUCCGGAGCAAAUGAAGAUAGCCAAGGAAGAGGUAAUUAAUCAGGUACCAUCGCCUCCAAAACCAAAGGAAAAUGCAACAGUACCAUCGGAGAUUAUCAUGAAGGUUGAAGAGAGCAGGCCGGCAAAGCCAGGAAGUAACAAGGAAGUGAAAAAACCAGCAGAGCCCACGAGACCAGAUAAGCCUCCUGUUAAGAGGACACCAAGUGCAGGGCUGCAGGUAGAUUCAGUGUUGAAGACAAGAACCGGUCAUUUGAAGGAGUACUACAACUUGGGGAGGAAGCUUGGCCGUGGUCAAUUUGGGACAACUUUUCUUUGUGUGGAAAAAGCAACUGGAAAAGAGUAUGCUUGCAAGUCGAUUGCGAAAAGGAAUUUAUUGACAGCAGAUGAUGUGGAGGAUGUAAGGAGGGAAAUUCAGAUCAUGCAUCACCUGGCAGGGCACCCUAAUGUUAUAUCUAUCAACGGGGCGUACGAGGAUGCUGUGGCAGUUCAUGUUGUGAUGGAAUUGUGUGCUGGUGGUGAGCUCUUUGAUAGGAUUAUUAAGCGAGGACAUUACACAGAAAGAAAGGCAGCUCAACUCACUAGGACUAUAGUUGGUGUUAUAGAAGCCUGCCAUUCCUUAGGGGUCAUGCAUCGGGAUCUCAAGCCUGAGAACUUUCUCUUUGUCAAUGAGCGUGAGGAUUCACCUCUCAAGGCAAUAGACUUUGGAUUAUCAGUAUUCUUCAAGCCAGGGGAGAUUUUAAAUGAUGUGGUUGGAAGCCCAUAUUAUGUUGCACCUGAAGUUCUGCGCAAGCGCUAUGGUCCAGAAGCAGAUGUUUGGAGUGCUGGAGUGAUGGUUUAUAUCCUCUUAUGUGGGGUACCUCCAUUUUGGGCUGAAAAGGAACAUGACAUAUUUGAGGAGGUCCUGCAUGGUCAUCUGGAUUUCACAUCAAAUCCCUGGCCUAAUGUCACUGCAAGUGCAAAAGAUUUGAUCAGGAGAAUGCUUGUCAGGGACCCUAAGAAGCGACUCACUGCCCAUGAAGUUCUUUGUCACCCUUGGGUUCGUGAUGAUGGGGUGGCUCCAGACAAGCCUCUAGAUCCUGCAGUAUUAAGUCGCUUGAAGCAGUUUUCUGCAAUGAACAAGAUUAAGAAAAUGGCUCUUAGAAUCAUAGCCGAGAACCUAUCUGAAGAAGAAAUUGCUGGCUUAAAGGAGAUAUUUAAGAUGAUAGACACGGACAAUAGUGGUCAAAUUACUUUCGAAGAACUCAAAGUAGGACUGAGAAGAUUUGGUGCAAAUCUCACUGAGGAUGAAAUUUAUUCUCUACUGCGAGCAGCAGAUGUUGAUAACAGUGGCACAAUAGAUUACAAGGAGUUCAUAGCUGCCACAUUACAUUUACACAAAGUUGAAAAGGAAGAUAAUCUAUUUGCAGCCUUCUCGUAUUUUGACAAGGAUGACAGUGGCUAUAUCACCAUAGAUGAACUCCAACAAGCCUGUAAUGAAUUCGGCAUGGAUGAUGUUCACUUAGAAGAAAUGAUUCGAGAAGUUGAUCAAGAUAAUGAUGGUCGCAUAGAUUACAAUGAAUUUGUGGCCAUGAUGCAGAGAGGCAACACCGAAUUGGUUAAGAACGGUUUACAGGGUAAGAAUUUUAGCAUUGUAUUUAGGGAGGCACUAUCAGUCUAUUAACCUGAUGAUGAGCUUUUCUUCUGGAAACUAAUAAUGUUUUUUAACUCAAAUGCAUUAGUAUUGCAAAAUAGACCACAUGUCCUGUAUGAUAUGUGAAAGGAGAUUUCCAAUUAACUCAAAUGUGU